AUGUUGCGUUCACAGCUUCGUCUCGCCGCUUCGUCCGCGGAACGACUUGUUCCGAAAGUUGGCUUUGGAAGAUACGAAGAUACGAUACGCAAUCUCAGAAUAAAUGACCAGACCAGAGUUAUAUACCAAGGCUUCACGGGUGCAGUAGCGACUAAGAAUGCCCAAGACACAAUCGCGUAUGGGACCAAGGUCGUCGGCGGCGUCACCAAAGAUCCUAUACUCAAAACACACCUGGACCUUCCACUUUUUGGAUCCAUGGAAGAGGCCGCCAAAGAACUGAAACCUGAUGUUUCUGCUGUUUUUAUCCGUGGUUCUUUAGCUGCUGAAGCCAUCAUCGACGCCAUAAAAGCUGAAGUUCCCCUCAUUGUUUCUGUAGCAGAGCAUGUGCCCGUUCAUGAUAUGCUACGUGUUCACGAGGUCUUGAGAACUCAGUCAAAGAGUCGACUCGUUGGACCUAACUGUCCUGGCAUUAUUGCCCCGGAGCAAUGCCGCGUUGGCAUCAUGCCUUACAAGCAGUACACCCGCGGCUGUGUUGGUAUCGUGUCCAAGUCAGGAACGCUGAGUUAUGAAGCAGUUGGUUCAACUACCAAGUCUGGGUUGGGCCAGUCUCUUGUGGUAGGCAUGGGAGGCGAUAUGAUACCCGGCACAUCGUUUGUGGAUGCUUUGAAACUAUUCUUCAACGAUGAAGAAACCAAGGGAAUCAUCCUUAUCGGAGAGAUUGGAGGUGAAGCUGAACUAGAGGCGGCAGACCUGAUCCAGAAAUAUCGCAAAAUGGCGCCAAAACCAAAACCCAUUAUCGCGAUGGUUGCGGGUCAAACAUCACCUCAAGAAAGGAUUAUGGGUCAUGCAGGUGCCAUAUACAGAUCUGAUGUGGAUCCCACCGCACAGGAGAAAGCCGCGGCUCUGAAGAAAGCUGGAGCAAUCGUCGUUCCGCACCCGGGUGUUAUGGGCGAUACCAUGGAGAAACUACUGGCCAACUAUCAACCCGAUGAUUUUGAGUAUAAGGAGCGGGAUCAACGCGUUAACUCCGGCAGCUUCAGAGCAAUUAUGAAAAAGAAUCGCAUUGAGAUAUAG